AUGGCGCACGGACUACAUUCGAUGAUAAAAAGUGAAAUUAGUUGCGGGAGCGGCGGAAAGCCAAGGAUUGAACAACAGCAACGUCCCGGCGGAGGUAACAGUCAGAACAACAGCUCGGGAGGAACCGCAGGAAAGAUGGGUUCCCGAAGGAUUUUCACACCACAGUUCAAGCUGCAAGUGCUGGACUCGUAUCGGAACGACAGUGACUGCAAGGGUAACCAGAGAGCCACAGCCCGCAAGUAUGGCAUCCACAGGAGGCAAAUUCAGAAAUGGUUGCAGGUGGAGAACAACCUCCGCUCGGCGGCAGCCAACAGCAGUUCAAGCGGAGCUGGCGCUGCGAUGAAAAUCAAUCUAAUGGGCAAUCAUCAGCCUCAGGCUGCUCCACAGCCACAGUUUCCACUGCAUCCGCACCAUCUCCAUCCACACCGACACAUUCACCACCAGAAUCUGAAUUCCAUCGAACUAAAAGUGCCUCUGGAUUCAGCUAGACACCGCGUCGCUCAAAACGCCAGUAAUAACAACAACAACAUCCUCGGCAACGGCAAAGAGAACAGCGCUUGUAUAAUAUCGCCAGUUCCCACUCACACUUUGGUAGCGCCAUUCUCGCAUCCACACCACGAAAGUUCGUCGUCGUCAGCAAGUCUAUCGGUACUUAAACCGCACAGCCGCGGAGACUCGGAGGCGGUCGCCAUGGCGGUGAGCCAAGUGCAGCGGCCCAACUAUUCACCCGUGUCCGGUGAUUUUCCAGUCACCCCGACGCCGACUCACCCCUUCGACAGGAUCAAUCUGCUCGAUCCGUACUAUCAUCCGUAUCAUCUCCCCUACGCCAAGUACGCAAUCGACUGUCCGAUUGACCUUUCGCUGCCACAGCACUAUCGUGCCAAGCUGGAGCAAGCUCUCUCCCCCUGCUCGACCAUCUCCUCGGUCUACUCUUCACGGCCACGGUCCACUACGCCGGCCCAUGUGGAAAUCAAAACCGAAGAGCCUUCCCGCGAUCUCCCGACGGAAGACUGCGAAGCGGUCGAUCUCUCCUGCCGAAAGCGCAAAACUUCCUCCCCGAGCGAUGACGACGCAAGUCCUCCAAAAUCCAUCAAGCUCUUCAAACCCUACCUGCUGGACGAAAAAGACGACGAUAAGGACUCCAACAUCGGCUCCCCAGAUCCGACGGGGAGGCCCGAUUAUCCCAUCAUUUGGAACUUUCAUGCCCAGCAGCGAUAUUACGAAAGCCUAAGCGAAUUCAACGGAGGAUACCCGCCAAGUCCUCCAUACAUGCAUCAACCGCUGACACCGAUCCCGCGGACCCCUUUCAGCACCACCUUGUCUCCGUCCCCGCCAAGCACCGUCGGUAGCACUCACUGGGCUCAACCGCAAGCUUCUCCCGUAUCCGGUUACGACAGUUCUACCUCAAUCUCGUCCGUCUACAGCAAUGACGGAGACACCGACGGCUACAGUUACAACCUGGAACUUCGACAGCAGGCCAUCGACAGCUACUACCACGAUGCAAGCUGCCGAGGUGAUUUCCGUGCCGUCGCCUCCAAGUACAACAUCAACCGGAAGUACGUGGAGAAAUGGCUCGCCCAGGAGGAUCAUCACGCGCUUCCAGCAGCACCUCCGCCACCACCACAACAGCCGCAGGUCGUCGUUGGGUAA